UUUGACUGACGCAUCGUGGACGCUUUUAUUCGCGCUGUAAAAAUAUUUUUUUUUCAAUUUUUGGAUUGCUAAAAUAUCUUGCAUUUGCAUUACGACAGUGUUUCAAUUUAUUUUAAUAUUCUACGUGUUUAUUCACACAAACACUAGGAUUGGUUGGGAAAAUGUCGGGUAUUGCAAGUGCACGUCUGGCUGAAGAGAGAAAAGCUUGGCGCAAAGACCAUCCUUUUGGAUUUGUUGCAAGACCUAUGAAAAACCCCGAUGGCUCACUAAAUCUUAUGACUUGGGAGUGCGCCAUUCCCGGAAAGAAGGGGACUCCAUGGGAAGGUGGCUUAUAUAAAUUACGUAUGAUUUUCAAAGAUGACUAUCCAUCAAGUCCUCCAAAGUGCAAGUUUGAGCCACCCUUGUUCCACCCCAAUGUGUAUCCUUCCGGCACAGUUUGCUUGUCGCUACUGGAUGAGGAGAAAGACUGGCGUCCUGCUAUCACAAUAAAACAGAUCCUCCUGGGCAUUCAGGACCUACUCAAUGAACCUAAUGUAAAAGAUCCAGCACAAGCUGAAGCAUACACAAUUUACUGCCAAAAUCGGCUAGAGUACGACAAGAGAGUGCGAGCGCAGGCGCGCGCAAUGGCUGCUACAGAGUGAAAACAGUCAAUGGAGAGCUAUGCAGGCCUCAUACAGCUGGCCAUUCUGGGUGGCAGGAGUCUAGCCGUGGCAGAUUGUGUACCCUUGAAAUUACUCUUAGCCUUUGUAUUAAUUAUUCAUUCAUGUAAUCAUAUCAGACAAGGAAAAUAAUAUGUAUAAGAAAAUCAGAAUUACAUUUCAAGUUUUAAGGGUACACUUUAAUGUGAUAUAUAUAUAUAUAUGUGACUAUAUCAUAGAACUGUUUGUCUGUCUAAUGUCAGCAGACCUGAGAUCCCUAUUGUAUAUGUAUUAAUUUGGUGGUAAGUAUGGGAAACUGAGCUUUACAUAUUAUCUAAACAUGGUGAAGCUCAUUUUUAAUAAGGAAAAUGCCAGUAAAUACUUUUCUCUCUCCUGCCAUACAGUGAGGUCAUCUUGGCCAAAGUAGGUUCAUAAUUAUUGUGUAAUUUGCUGCAAACUUUUUUGCAGGAAUUAUUAAACCACAAUCUAAUUUAAAAUGUAGAUUUCACAUUUACAGUAUCUAAACCAUAUACUUAAAGCGGCUUAUAAUAUGUCCUAGAAAUGUAACUACUCGUAAGUUGUCUUUUAUUUAUUUGUAAAUUAUCGCAUUUGUGGACAGUAUUGGAUGUUCCAAAAAUUUGCAAAAUAUCUUUUUAUUUAGACUACCGCCACCUUAUAUAAUAUCUUUUCAAGUUAUGAUGAGAAUCUAUUAUUUUAACUAUUUUUGUAUCUUUAUGUUAGUCUUAUCGAACAAUAAAAUUUCCAAACACAAAA